UAACUUUAUUUUUCUUUAUUUUUCCCCAUAGUAACUUCUCCAACUAUAGGAAUCGUUUCAGCAUGCCGGGCCAGACGGAGAGCCUGUGGUACAGCUGGAACCUGGGGUCAGCGCACAUCAUCUCCCUCUCCACCGAGGUUUAUUUCUACCUCGAAUACGGCCUGGAGCUCGUCUUCAAGCAGUACGAGUGGCUGAAGAAAGACCUGGAGGAGGCCAACAAGCCAGAGAACCGAGCAGUGCGUCCGUGGAUCAUCACCAUGGGACACAGACCCAUGUACUGCUCCGACGACGAUCAGGACGACUGUACCACCUUCGACUCCCUUGUCAGACUGGGACUGAAUUUCACCAAACCGCCAGCUCCCGGUCUCGAGGAUUUAUUUUACCGCCAAGGAGUGGAUGUGGCGUUGUGGGCACAUGAGCACACAUAUGAGAGACUUUGGCCCGUCUACCGUGACAAGGUUUACAAUGGGAGCAAAGCGCAGCCUUACGUGAACCCUAAAGCUCCAGUCCACAUCAUAACAGGCUCUGCCGGCUGCAGAGAGAAGACCGACCUGUUCAAUCCAAACCCCAAAGAGUGGAGCGCUCUCCGCAGCACAGACUACGGCUACACCCGCAUGCAAGUGGUCAACGCCACCCACCUGUACUUAGAGCAGGUGUCAGAUGAUCAGUAUGGGAAGGUGAUUGACAGCAUAUGGGUGGUGAAGGAAAAACAUGGCUUCUCUUCCUGGUUCUGAAGACUGCCAAUGCCAAAAAACUCAGACUGCUCAGGAAAUACUCUUUGAACUAAAAACAAGCACUUUAUCACACAAAUCAUGCACUGAUGAUGAAAGUUAUUUAGCUGUUCAAAUUAAGAUGACGUGGAUCCAUUGAUUUUAAACAUUUAUAUAAAAUUAAGUUUUAUCCAAUCCAAAGUCCACUUUAUGAUGAUAAUAUACCCUAACAAUGUAUAUAUGUAAAAUACAUUUGAAUAAAUCUUCUUUUUUAAAUGGAAACUAUCAAUA